UAUAGUCUAAAAAUAUUCCAAUCACUUUCUUCAUGCUGGAUGUAGUAUAGUCUGUGUCACAGCACAGUAUUUUUGGUUUUCUAAUUGUCUCUGCCACAGAAUUAUUUGAGUUUAAAAUAAUCCAGUCACAGCAUCCCGGAAUUGGUGACACCGACAUCUCAAGCACAAAAAUCUGAUUGGUUGUUCCUAAGUUUAUAUUUAUGAAAUAAGAGACAGUUAGUCCCCAAAUUCUUCAGUGGAUGAAAAGAAAAUACAAGUCAGGAACAUAUAAAAUGAAGAUUGUUUUUGUCUGGGUCUGCCUCCUAACUAAGGCCAGCGCAUUUCCAACAGAACCUCCACCAAAUACAGAAGAAAAAAAGCCUUGCUGUGUUGGACCACCACGUUUACUUUUUAAGGGCUAUGAUUCCAAACAUGGAAUCAAUGUAUAUUUAUUUGAAUUUCCACCAUUGAAGAAUGGCUCUAAAUCAAAUGUGAAAGAUGAAAAUGUGGAACACUCAAAUACUAUAUCAGAGAUUAAAAAAGUAAAUUCACUUUCAAAUACAGGAGAUGGAAACCAGCAAGACGUUGCAGUUACUGAAACAAAUACACCAGCUUACUCACAUGGUUUUAAUGAUGUUCCUAAACCAGUGAGCUAUUCCAUUAAUGUUUCCUUAAACACAGUUGAUAAGAAAAAAAGGGAUUCAAUAUUUCAAGAAACAUCUAUGGAUCUUUUACCAUCUAACAUUCAGCAGCAUAAACUGGAUCCAAAAACCAACAACAGUCCUAAAACUGUUGUACUAAAUGACACCGAACAGUAUGAAAAGAUAAAAAAAACUGAUAUCACAGUUGGGGAUGAAGCAAGACAUACAGAAGAUGGGAUCACCGAUGAUGUUGAUGGGUUUUAUAGUACAGAGGGAAUUACACUUACUGACAUUUCAGGCUAUAGUGAUACCAAUGUUACUAAACCAGACCCAAAUGUAAUUUAUCCUUCUAAAGAUGUAGAGAAUGGUAGUAUACUUGACUGCAGGGAAACUGAUGGACUUUGCAGGAACACUUCCAAAUAUGCAGAACGCAAACAAGUUACUCAUCCAACAACACAUAAUGAAGGCCCUUAUCCCACUGGAAAGAGUUUUGAACAUAAUGCAAACGUAACACAAAAUAGCAAAAAACACAAAAAUAAACCAAAUGAGGGACAUAGAAAGCCAGUGACAAAUAAUGAUAAAGUUAAGAAACAACCUGAUCAGCCUAAAAUAAAUGAUAGGCAGUCCUUUAUAAAGUACAGCACUAAGAGAAAUCCCAAAUAUGCCAGCAAACAACAACAAAGGUAUGCACAUUUUGAUAGCCAUAAUCGUUAUCGUUAUCGUCACCAUCGCAAACAAAGUUCUUCAGAAAGUGAAAGUGACAGCAGUCAGCAGUUCGGCUAAUAUAAUAGAUAUCUACAACUAAUGCCGCGUACACACGGUCAGAAUUUCCAACAAGAAAAGUUUGAUGUGAGCUU